UUCUGGAUCUCGUCGACUCGAUGUACCAUAAACAAAAAUGUCAGCGAUCCUGAUUUUUUGUUUCUUGCUGCAUACCCAUCGUUAUACCUUAAUUAGAUCACACGAAUGCUAUAAAAUAAUGUUAGACGCUUUCUCCGGAGGUGUCGAUUCGUCGAGACGGCGUACCUGAGGCAAUAAAUCGGCCAUAAUAAACGUGCGUUUGGUGUGCUUGCGACAGUCUACACCCGAUCUCAUUGUUUAUGUAUGGAGUUUAAACGAGGAAUUUUUAUGGGAUAUUGCGGUGUAUUCCCGUUUUAAUUGAAUAUCUGGAUUAAAUCAGAGGUGGUUGUGUUGAUACGGCGCGGGUCGUGGCACGGCGGCCAGCGUCGUUCCGUCCGUCAAGUCAAGUUGGCGAAGGCACGCAGGGGUAUGAUAAAGGAGAAGGAGAAGGGCGGCGGCGCCCGCCUCAAGGACGAGCCCAGCGACUCCGCUGAGCCUGGCCACGGCUCCCGCCCGCCAUCAGCGUCGCUGCCGACCCCGGCGGCGCUGAAGAAGGAGCCCGACGAGCCGGCACACAGGGUCAAAAUGGAGCCCCACUCACAGGAGGACUCUGGUGGGGACUUGGGGGUCGACGGGAUCAAGACUGAGAUCGACGGCCUCAUGGACAACGAUGGUGACCCAACGAAGUCUCCGUCGUGCGACAUGCCUGGGCCGGGGUCUCUCAAGUCCGAGCGGCUGUCUUCAGACUCCAACGAUAUCUUGGACCCGCAGACCGGGUUGCGAGGAUCAUCUGGCAAUAUGCAGGACGGCAACCAAAACUGCCGCAACCCGAACGGGCCGGACAUGGGCUCGUGCCGCAUGGGCGGCGGCGGGCCCAUGGGCCCGGGGGUGUCCAUGGGCAUGUCCAGCGAAGCGCAGACGCUGCCGUCGAAUGUCAUCAGCAAGCAGGCCGGGAGUAUGGAGCAGCAGAGCCAAAUCUUCGUGUUUUCAACGAUAAUGGCCAACAAGGGAGCCGAGUCUGUGAUCUCCGGACAGCACCACUCCAUCAUCGCCUACCACUGCGCGCAGCCGGGCACUAAGAAAUAUCUCGAGAAGCACCCACUAAAAAUGGGCCAGUUCAACAAGCAGAGCCCAGCGCAAUGGCUCAACAACCUCGCCAUGGCCAAGACCCGCGGCGGCAUGCGCGGCGGCCCCAACAUGAUGGGGCCGGGCGGGCCGAACCAGAUGGGGCACAUGAUGGGCCCCGGCGGGCCGAUGGGGCCGAUGGGCAUGGGGCACAUGGGGCCCAACAUGAUGGGAGGUCCGGCAAGGAUGGGCGGGCCUGGGAAUCAGAUGAUGAUGAUGAAGGGCCAAAUGGGUCAGAUGGGGCAGAUGGGACCCAUGGAUGGGUUUCCAGGGGGCACCCCGUCCUGCGGUGUCAUGGACGGCCUCGGUGCUGAUGGUGAAAUUCCCUGGGACACCAAAAACCCCUCCGUAAUGUCAAACGGCAUGUCAAACGGACCAGGCGCGUGCGCUGAGCCACCCGAGCCGCCCUCCAGUCAGGCCGACACUCCCUCCUCGCAGGCAGACUGCCAGGGCGGGCCUAAGGGUGUUAAAAUUCCAGACGAGAACCUAACACCGCAGCAGCGCGCGCACCGCGAGGAACAGCUGGCCACCAUCAGGAAGAUGCACCAGAUCCUCUUCCCCGAGAACCCCCCCAACUCCAACCAGCCCGGGGAUCCCUCCCAGGCCUCCCCGGACAUCAACCCGCCCAACUCCAGCGCCAAUAUGAACAUACCCUUCCCACCCAUGUCCAUGGGCCCCAACGGCCCAAUGGGCUCCGGACCGAACGGACCCAUGUCUACCAUGUCCAACAUGUCCAACUCCGGCCCCUCCUGCACCAUGUCCGGCCCUAUGGGCAUGGGACCCAUGGGCCCCAACGGCCCCAUGAUGGGCAUGGGGCCGGGCAUGAUGUCCCACGGCAACAUGGGGCCGAAUGGCAUGAUGGGGCCGAAUGGGCCUAUGAUGCCGGGGAUGGGGCCGAACGGGCCGAUGGGGCCGAUGUGCGGGAUGAAGGGCAUCAGGGGGCCGUGCGGAGGGCCGGAUAUGAAGGGCGGCAUGUGCGGUGAUAUGCACAUGGGCAGAGGUUGCGGCGGCCCUAUGGGGCGCAUGCCUAAUCCUAUGGGAGGAAUGGGCGGCCCCAAGCCGUGUAUGAUGGGCGGACCACACAUGGGGCCCAGAAUGAUGCCGGGACCUAACAUCAACGCCAUGAACGGUGGUAUAAUGAUGGACGGUAUGAUGAUGGGACACGGAGACUGCGGCCCUGAGCACCACGGGAUGCCAAAUGGGCCACAGUGCGACGAAUACGGCAGGAGAACCAUGGGUCCAGGCGACCCGGGUGGGCCUGGUGGGCCUGGAGGUCCCGGUGGUCCAGGUGGGCCGGGGGGGCUGCACAAGGCCGGGCUGCGCAGCCCCAAGAGCCCCGCCACCACCGGCGACAUCGACUGGCAGAAGAUACACCACCAGUUCUUCGACGACCCCAAGUCCAUGGACACUGACUUGAGCACGCAAGUGAAGUCGCCGUGUUCGGAGCGAGGCGGCUGCCUGCCGCCGCCGCCCUACGGCGCCUCCCCAUUGCACCGCUCUGCAUCAGUGCCUAUAGCCACGCAGUCCCCCGGGCACGGCGGGGUGCAGAUGCCGAUGUCGGCCGAGGCGUCCCGCGCCGGCUCCGGCCUCAACAGCCCCGCGCACUGCAAGCCCCAGGCCAAGCAGGACGCGCCAGAGAUACUAGAAAAGUUGGACGAUGGCGUGUUUGUCCGAACGCUGCAAUGCCUGGCCGCGCAGCAGCAGAAGAACCAGCAGGCGGGCGCGGACGCGAGGGCGGGCGCGGGCAAGGAGCCCAGCCUGAUGCCCGUGCCGUCGCCGCAGCAAAUAUCCUAUCUCAACCAGUUCGAAGGCCAAGAGUUGACGAUACAGAAGCAGCCUAAUACGUCGUUGAAAGACAAUGGGCCGCCGUCGAACAGCGGCGGGCAGACGCCGCAGUCUAGCUCGAAUCAGAAAUCACCCGCUGGGAUGAUGCCCGGCACGCCAGAACCUCACUCGUCACUCUCGGAACAGCGGGCGGGAAGGUUCUCGUUAGAACAGAGUCCAGGGUUCAACAACCCUCAGACACCGACGUCACAAGGAAAAUGUGGACAAGAUGAGAAAUCCAGGCCAAGUCCCUCCUCAAACCGGUCGCAGGACCCCUCCAAGACCCCGCAGCGCGACGGCCUCAGCCAGGGGCCUUACGCACCGGCCUCCUCGGGCUCCUGCGCUAAAAGCAGUUGCAGCGUGGUCAACAGCGCGCCGGGAGGCGUCGAUGACUCUAUGACAGGAAAUAAUGACUCGACGUUACCGGGCGGCCCCAGCACGAGCCUUCCGGGCCCCUUCCCCGGCCCCUGCAGCAUGAACAGGCCGGACAACAUCCCCAUCAACCCCAACCAGGGCCCCAACGGCCCCAUGACCUCCACCUCCUCGUUCGACCCCAUCUCCUCGCUCGCGCAAAUGUCGCAACAACUCACCAACACCGUGGGUGGGGGAGGCCCCGGCCCCGGCGGCCCUAUGGGGCCUAAUGGGAGCGGGAUGGGGCCUUUCGGAUCCGGUCCUCACCAUAUGCAGCAUCACCAUUCUAUGCAUCCGCAUGGACAUCCGCAUAUGAUGAUGAAUGAUUUAGGUUGCCACAUGGACAACAUGGGUGGCCCCGGCAUGGGCGGCCCCAUGGAGGGCAUGAUGGGCGGCGACUUCCCGCCCGACAUGAACCUCAGCCCCAAGAUGGGCGCCGGCCCCAUGGGCGGGCCUAUGGGGCCCAUGGGACCCGACGCCUCCAUGAUGGGGCCCCGGAUGGGGGGCGGCAAAAUGCCCCCGUUCAACGGCGCCAACGUACAGGUGAAAGCGAGCGCGCCCAACACGAUACAGUAUUUACCCACCAGGCCUCAGAUGCCCUGCAACUCGGGCCCCCGAGGCCCCCCCAGCUUGGAGUUCCUGCAGCGAGUCACUAACCCUAUGCAGAUGGACAGCAGUAAAGGCGUGGCGUACUUCCCGCGCGGCAUGGACAUGGACGGCGGCAUGCGCGGCGUGAUGCGCGCGCCGGGGGGGAUGCUGCGCAUGCCGCACUACCCCGCCGGGUUCAACUCCCCGCCCAAGAUGCCCCAGGACCCCUUCGGCAACCCCGGCCCCAACCCCAUGUGCGGCCCCAACUUCCGGGGCGUCAAGGGCGGCAUGCCCGGGAACGUGAGGAUGGGCAGCGCGCAACCCCUCCCCCCCUCCAUGGGCGGCCCCGGCCCGGGUUUCAAAGGACAGUCGUUCGCGGUCCCGUCGACGGCGGACCCCAACUACGCGGCGCAGUUCCACAACUUCCAGCAGCAGCUGUACGCGACGGGCUCGCGGGCCGCGCAGCCGCACGCGGGCUACCCGUACGCGCCGAACAAGUGAUGACCGGCGCUGCACCUUGUGUGAUCCCCCCGGCGCGUCGCGGCCCGACCGUGAAGUACUUAACGUUAAAUUAUACACCAGUGAAGAGAGAUCAAAAUAUUUUGUUAGUGAUUUUCGUUCGUAUGAUUGUGAGAUUCGUUAUGAGAUCGGCGAUUUUUUUUUAUUAAUAGUAUUUCACUUAGACGUCGUUUAGGUUUCUCGACUGAGCGUGAUUACGGUGGCGUAUGUUUGUACAAAUUGUACAAAACUCUAGGCGUGUUAAUGUGUACUCUUUAUCUAAAUAAUUUAAAAGUACAGUUUUUAGAAUCGUUUUGCUGAUGGCAAUAACUUAGUGGUAGGUUGUUUUGCACACAUGCCGGGUUGACAGCGCAUUGGUUCCUUUACUUAGCUAUUUUAUAUACGAUUCCUAUGCACACAGAUAUCUAGUCAAUUUUGAAAUUAAAUGGAGCCCGGACCGACCCCGUGUUGAAAUGUAACUUUACUUGUCGACGAGAUUUUUGUACCGUCAUUCAUAAACGCGUAUACAUUUUUUUACUUAUUGGACAAAAGAGUACAUAAUUGUAUACAUGUUUAUGAAUUGGACCGUACGGAGAGCCCGACAGAAUCAUCCGUCCAUGAUAGUUUACAGUAUGAUAACGUAAAGUAUACACUCGUAGAAGAAAUAGCGGAUAAUCCUUAUAUACGAUAGGAUUAUUUGAUACUUCUGGCUCAAUUUGACUAAAAUGGACUACGAAUUGAAUCUAAGAUUAAUUUCAGAAUAAAUUCAAUUCUGGGGUUAGUCGGAUUGACCCUAUCUGCGUGCCUGCUAUACUUGAUCAUUCUGCGUAAAUUCGCGGAUGGAAUAGGGAAUAUUACGCGAAACUCUGCGUAGGUAGCGCCACUACCACUAUCUGUCACAAUCUGGGGGUCUACCGCGAAACAAGAAAAUCGAAAUUUCGUUAUCUAAUCUCUCUAUCACUCUUGCAUAUUCUAGCGACAAAGAGGCAGAUAACUAAAUUUCUAUUUUCGCGUUUACCGAUAGGCCCUUUUUAACAAACCGCCUUGAUGCAUCAAUGUCAUAUUUUAUUGUCUGUGAAAACUUGUCAAAAAACAGAUUAAGGCACAGUAUGUAUAAGUUAGUCUAUGAUUUUACUAGAGUCGGUAGUGCUGCACUCUGGCGGCAGAACAUUGCAGUAAUAUCCCCUAUUAUUGUUGGGUCCAGCUCCCUCGUUGAUCGGGCUACGGAUCGAUUUCACAUUUUGGUUACUUUUAAUAAUUACAGAAGUACACUCUUAGUAACGGUAUGUUUUGUCCAUUUUAGUUCUAGACUAGUGUAAUUAGAUUUUUAUUAUUUUAUUUUGGCUAUAUCGGCCAGUAACUUUAAAUAAUUAAUGGGAGAUUGACGUUAAAAAUUUUCACUGAUCCUCAACUCAAUUGUCUAAAUUAUAAGGUUCUAUUUUCUUUGACUCGAAAAUGUUUCACGACUUUUGUGAAUAAUCAGCUCAAUGUAUUUUGUUCGUAACGAAUAGACAAGUUACAAUAUUAGUAGGAGUCGCAUUGCUUCUUAAUCGUUAAAGUACUUUACAAUGCGUAUUAUCAUUGUCGUUGGGAAAGAUGGUCCGGUCACCUGCAGAAAUAUCUAGCCCGCUCCACACUCGUGCGCGAAUCGCGGCGCAAAGCCGCGAACGCGAGUGUGGAGUCGAUUUCGCAGAUCUGCGAUCUUGGCUUCUCAACGGGUGAAGUGUUCAAAAAUGUACGCGAUAUUGUUUAAGAGAGCGGUCUAGAUAAUUUUGAGUACUUCACUCACUUAGCAACUUUCGCAGCUGAUUCCGUGCGAGCUUCUUAUAUCCCACUUUUUACUGAUAACACAAAAGAGGACGCAAAUAGCAAACGCCGACUUUCCCAACGAAAUGAGCCUUCGGUUCAUUUGAUCUGAGCGAUGUUUUUUCUGUCUUCCAAUACCUAUAUAGACUCUUAAAAACGCAAUAAGGAGUACGUUUAAACUCCAUUUAAAUCUAAGCUUGCAAACGCAAGCGUAGUCUUACUUUACUUUUAAUAAAGUACUUAAAAUCUGA